AUGGCGCUAAAACGAAUCAACAAGGAAUUGCAGGAUAUCGGGCGGGAUCCACCAGCACAAUGCUCGGCAGGUCCCGUCGGCGAUGAUCUCUUCCACUGGCAGGCGACGAUCAUGGGCCCAUCGGAAAGUCCUUAUCAGGGAGGAGUUUUCUUUCUGAACAUACAUUUUCCAAAUGACUACCCGUUUAAACCGCCAAAAGUUAGCUUCAUCACGAGGAUCUACCACCCGAAUAUUAAUUCAAACGGCAGCAUAUGUCUAGACAUUUUAAGAUCACAGUGGUCACCGGCUCUCACAAUUAGCAAGGUUCUUCUGUCUAUCUGUUCGCUUCUCACAGACCCCAACCCCGACGACCCACUGGUGCCUGAAAUCGCGCGGGUGUAUAAAACAGACCGUGACAAGUAUCAGAAGUUGGCGCGCGAAUGGACCCAGAAGUAUGCCAUGUAG